AUGGAGAACGCGCACACAAAGACUGUGGAGGAAGUUUUGGCUUAUUUCGGCGUCAACGAAAGCACCCCCCAACUUUCUCCCUUUUUCACCCCUUUCUCUUUUUCGCUCUUCCUUCUCCGGGCCCUGUUUUCAAGGCCUAACGUUUUACCGGCUGAGGAAGGAAAAACCUUACUCGAGCUUGUGAUUGAGCAGUUCGAAGACUUACUAGUUAGAAUUUUGUUGCUGGCAGCUUGCAUAUCUUUCGUCCUGGCCUGGUUUGAAGAAGGUGAAGAAACAAUCACAGCAUUUGUAGAGCCUUUUGUAAUCUUGCUUAUAUUAGUAGCCAAUGCAAUUGUGGGAGUGUGGCAGGAAAGAAAUGCUGAAAAUGCUAUUGAAGCUCUUAAAGAAUAUGAACCAGAAAUGGGCAAGGUAUAUCGACAAGACCGAAAAAGUGUACAGAGGAUUAAAGCGAGAGAUAUUGUCCCAGGUGAUAUUGUAGAAGUGGCAGUUGGAGACAAGGUUCCUGCUGUUUUUCCUGCUGAUAUAAGAAUUACUUCUAUCAAAUCUACAACUCUAAGGGUAGACCAGUCAAUUCUCACAGGUGAAUCUGUGUCUGUUAUUAAGCACACUGACCCUGUGCCUGAUCCUCGUGCUGUAAACCAAGACAAGAAGAACAUGCUUUUUUCUGGUACUAAUAUUGCUGCCGGUAAAGCUAUGGGAGUGGUUAUUGCAACAGGAGUAAACACUGAAAUUGGCAAAAUUCGUGAUGAGAUGGUGGCUACUGAACAAGAGAGAACCCCACUGCAACAGAAACUGGAUGAGUUUGGAGAGCAGCUGUCUAAAGUCAUCUCUCUUAUCUGCAUCGCUGUUUGGAUAAUAAACAUUGGUCACUUCAAUGAUCCGGUUCACGGUGGCUCCUGGAUUCGAGGUGCUAUCUAUUACUUUAAAAUUGCUGUUGCUCUUGCUGUUGCUGCUAUUCCUGAGGGUCUGCCUGCUGUCAUUACCACCUGCUUGGCUCUUGGAACCCGGAGAAUGGCCAAGAAGAAUGCUAUUGUUAGAAGUCUUCCCUCUGUGGAAACCUUGGGUUGCACCUCAGUUAUUUGUUCAGACAAGACUGGUACUCUGACCACAAAUCAAAUGUCAGUCUGCAGGAUGUUUAUCCUGGACAGAGUAGAAGGAGAUAGCUGUUCUCUGAAUGAAUUUACUGUAACGGGUUCAACAUAUGCUCCCAUGGGAGAAGUGCAUAAAGAUGACAAACUUAUUAAAUGUAGCCAGUACGAUGGCCUUGUGGAACUAGCAACGAUCUGUGCACUCUGUAAUGAUUCCUCUUUGGAUUACAACGAAGCUAAGGGAGUAUAUGAAAAAGUUGGUGAAGCCACAGAAACGGCACUUACCUGUCUGGUUGAAAAGAUGAAUGUAUUUGACACAGACUUGAAAGGACUUUCUAGAAUUGAACGUGCAAAUGCCUGCAACUCGGUGAUAAAACAACUUAUGAAGAAAGAAUUCACUCUGGAAUUCUCAAGAGAUAGGAAGUCUAUGUCUGUCUAUUGUACACCGAACAAACCAAGCCGCACAUCCAUGAGUAAGAUGUUUGUUAAGGGUGCUCCUGAAGGUGUAAUUGACAGAUGUACGCAUGUGCGUGUUGGAAAUGCAAAAAUACCAUUAAGCUCAGGAAUUAAGCAGAAAAUAAUGUCUGUCAUUAGAGAAUGGGGAACUGGUAGAGACACAUUGCGUUGCUUGGCUCUGGCGACCCAUGACAAUCCACCCAGAAAAGAGGAAAUGAAUCUUGAGGACUCCUCGAAUUUCAUUAACUAUGAGACCAACUUGACCUUCGUUGGCUGUGUGGGUAUGCUGGAUCCCCCAAGAAUUGAAGUAGCUUCAUCUAUAAAGCUGUGCAAACAAGCUGGUAUUAGAGUUAUUAUGAUUACUGGUGAUAAUAAAGGCACAGCAGUAGCUAUUUGCCGUCGCAUCGGUAUCUUUGUGGAAGAUGAAGAUGUUUCUACAAAAGCCUUUACUGGUCGUGAAUUUGACGAACUUUCACUUGCUGCCCAAAGAGAUGCUUGCCACCAUGCCCGUUGCUUUGCUCGUGUAGAGCCUUCUCACAAAUCUAAAAUUGUUGAGUUUCUUCAGUCUUUUGAUGAGAUUACAGCUAUGACUGGUGAUGGUGUCAAUGAUGCUCCUGCAUUGAAGAAAGCAGAAAUUGGAAUUGCUAUGGGUUCUGGUACUGCAGUGGCUAAAACUGCUUCUGAAAUGGUUUUAGCAGAUGAUAAUUUCUCAACUAUUGUAGCUGCUGUGGAAGAAGGACGUGCAAUUUAUAACAACAUGAAACAGUUCAUCCGUUACUUGAUCUCUUCCAAUGUCGGAGAAGUUGUUUGUAUCUUCUUGACUGCUGCCCUGGGUUUUCCUGAAGCUCUAAUUCCUGUCCAGCUGUUAUGGGUAAACCUUGUGACGGAUGGUCUCCCUGCUACUGCUCUGGGCUUUAAUCCUCCUGAUCUUGAUAUCAUGAAUAAGCCUCCACGCAACCCUAAAGAGCCACUGAUCAGUGGAUGGCUCUUCUUCCGUUACCUAGCUAUUGGAUGUUAUGUUGGUGCUGCCACAGUGGGUGCUGCUGCUUGGUGGUUUAUCGCUGCUGAUGGUGGUCCAAGAGUUACCUUUUAUCAGCUGAGCCAUUUUCUGCAGUGCAAAGAGGACAACCCAGACUUCUCUGGUGUCGACUGUGUGGUUUUUGAGUCUCCAUAUCCAAUGACAAUGGCUCUUUCUGUACUUGUUACCAUAGAGAUGUGCAAUGCUCUCAACAGUCUAUCAGAAAAUCAAUCCUUGAUGAGGAUGCCCCCGUGGGAAAAUAUCUGGCUGGUGGGCGCUAUUUGCUUGUCCAUGUCACUCCACUUCCUUAUCCUUUAUGUGGAACCGCUGCCAAUUAUCUUCCAGAUCACACCUUUGAAUGUGACGCAAUGGCUGAUGGUGUUGAAAAUCUCACUACCUGUCAUUCUGCUGGAUGAAACACUUAAAUAUGUGGCCCGUAACUACCUGGAACCUGGUAAAGAUAGUGUGCGGCCUGCCACCAAACCAUGUUCUUUGUCAGCAUGCACCGAAGGAGUUUCCUGGCCGUUUGUGUUCAUUACUAUGCCCUUGGUUAUCUGGCUUUACAGCACAGACACUAACUUUAGUGAUAUGUUCUGGUCUUGACUGACAUGGUGACAAGUUUUACAUUCAAAGAAAAAGUUUAACUUAAUUUUUUUAUUGUUUAGAGCAACUGUCUAUUUCUGCUGAAUUUUCACAUGAACAUAUUUGCCGGUGAUGGAGGUUUCAUAAUCUAGAUUUUGGUUUUUUGCUUUUUCUGACUUCAGUGGGGGCAAUAUAUUCCUCUUUUAUACACAGUUAAAGUGUCCAUUGACAUGUACAGAGAACUAACACUAUUUUAUGCAAAUAUUUUUUUGUAGAUGAAAAGCAUGUACAGUGUUCUGUUCAAUAGUCUAUUCAUCGUGUAAAAAAGUAGAUUUUUUUUGAGCCAGCGGACACUAUCAAACUAAAUUGGCAGCAGAUUUUAGGGAAUGAAUUUGUGUCGUCUGAAACUAAAAAAGCAUGUAACUGUUUGUCUUCUGCAUGAUCAUCCAAACUUAAUUUGUCAUAAAGUCAGGUUUUAUUCAUAAGCAGAACUUUCUGCGCUGGGUAGAGAGUCCUGCUACCUUGGUCAGGAUUUCUUCUUGGUUUCCCCUAUUCUUGUUCCCUCUCUCUUGGUUCUUUACUGUCCUUGUUUACACCAGUUUCUGUAUGAGGUAUGCCUAAUCUUGCUCGUGCAGAAAAUAUCAUUCCAGGUGCGGCCUGCUGGGGUUCUUCCAUACUCUCAACACACAUAGGGUUGUUUUUUUUUUUUUUUUAAGAUUAUUUAUUUGUCUAUUGUAUUUUAUUGUAACAGACCUUAUUUUGCCAGUUGCCUGUUAUGCAGGGAUAGGGAGGGCUAUUUCUGUCUACUUCAGUCUAAACCAAGCCUUUUUAACAAACACAAUCUGUUUUAGUUCAAAAGAGGGGUUAAGUUGGGUUUUAAUACCUUAUUUACAUGUGUUGGAUCCUUUGUUUUUCUCCCCCCACCCUACCCCCCUUAAGAUCAAAACUUGUAAUGAGACCUGGAAAAAUAACUUGCACUGCAUAGCUAGAAAUUGGAUUUCCUACACUUAGGGCACUAAUGAUCAGUUGUAUACAUGGAGUUACUCUGCUGGCCUGUUGGUAGCCUGACUUGAAGUAACAAGCUCGUGUGUGUUUUUUGUAAAAUCUGUAAAUAGCACAUGACCAAAUUGAACAUAUUGUAUAGAACUAUUUUUAUUUUAAUGUGGCACUAACCACCUUCAUUAUUACGGUAAAUGUUAAAGCAUGUUUUCAAAUUCAGUCCUGUAUCAACAAUGUGUAAGUCAUUAACAGUCCUAACUGUGGUGUUUUUCUCCAAUGCCUUCCAACUUUCAUCGACUAAAGUGAGUAUUUCUCUUCCAUUUCACCAUGCCAGUGGUGACUUGCUGUAAAAUAGCAUAUGCUGUAUACAUGUUGAAGAAUAAAUAGUAAUUUCCUUCA